UGCCUCUUUCUGUCGUGGCCGUACCUUUAGGACGAAUUCUAAGGCUAAAUAGCCAUAUGAGGAAUAUGUAAUUGGGUUUAAAUCCUAUAGGAUCCCAAUUCUAAAUGACAAUUCGCCAAUAUACGGCGUAGUUGCUGGAUAUUUGCUAGGGUACAAUUGACCUGCUCAACUGUGUUAUGUCAAGAAAAGCCAAGUUUUGAUCCCUGGAGUGCUCGUGAAUCAAGUAGCAGUGUUCGUCAAUGGCCGGUUAGGGGAUUCUGAUCCUGGCGACGAUGACCUAACUUCUAGGCAUCCAUACAUCCUCGCCCACGAGUCUAUAAAUACGCGAGAGAGAGCACUAAAAGAAUGUAUAGUAUAUCUCCAGAUUAGCCUUUUCAAUCUUCUAUCACGGCACGUUAGUAACCUUCGACCUAUCUCGGCUCUCUCCAAAAUAGCCACUAUGCUGUUCACGAGAAUAUAUUCGCUUUCCACCUUUGCUGUCGGAGCACUAGCCCUGAAUGAAACUAUCGCAGGCUAUAAAUACUUCUUGUCUGGUCCCAAGUUAGCCGGAAAAAAGGUCGAAUAUGAACACGCGGCCGCGGAUACGGCGUUCGCUCUCCUGAGGAAGCGCCUGGGAAACGAGCCCCUCCCUGAUCUCCCAGAUGACAGUGUAGCGGCAGUGUUGAAACUGAAGCAGGACAUUGGCACCGCUAAACUUAAGGAGCUCCUCGCACCUGACAUGGAUGAGGCGGACGCAUUUUGGCACGAUGUGAUUCACAAGUCGGGGGACUCGUGGGUCUCUGCCGAUGCCAGAGGAGUUGUCUUCCUUCCCAACGUAACAUUUCUGUCCUUCGCCUCGUGGUACGCUUCCGACAGAGCGGACGCCGCGAACCUUGCCGCGAAUCCAGAGCACUAUUCCAAAGAAACCGUGUCAACCGGACUCGGUGGACUUUCAUCCAAGAUUCUGGAAGGUUGGGGCGGCGUGACCACGAACUUCAGUAUUCCCAACUUCGGGUUGCCAGACCACAUCAAGAACCCCUUUCUCAGACUGCUUCCGGAGUUCCCUGUCCAGCAAGCCGGCGACAAGGUGUUGCGCGACGGCACUAGAUUCGGCGUCCUACAUAUUGCACUUCGCCCAGUCGAUGGAAAGGACUAUGGUCAGCCGCAAGAGGGAUUCGAGAUAUACUCUACCAUAUGGUACCAGGACGGUGCCACUGACGACCAUCUAGACCAAGAACGCCGGCACAUGAUCAACGAGAUUGUCAACUUGACGCUUCAAGCUCAGAAGGACAUCGAGUCUGGAGACUUUGUCCCUUCAUGAGGGACAGGUAUUCUUUCGAGGGAAAUAGCAUGCAUUGUAAAUAGAGAUGACUAUAUUCAACGCGUAGGCUUGAAAGAGGAUGUAUAUUUACUGAAAUAGCCUGUAUAUAGACCUGCCGUAAAUCUAGCGAAUCGAAUAUAAACUAUUGUUGGAAUGAAGGGAUAGCUGAAUACUCGGUGGGACUUCUGUAACCAGUACUAGCCACCACUGUUAAGCGCCACGUAGUUUAUGAUGAUCUUCAAGCACGAGUCCAGUUGCUCAAUUCGGCCU